AUGUCUGUGGCUGCCCUUGUCAGCGCCACCGCUGCCACCAGGAGUAUAGCCAGAGAAGCCAUUUUCGCCGCCACCGCCACCACCUCCCCGUCCACCACCUCCUUUUCGAAUCUCAAGACCCCGUCGACCACGCCUAUGGCUACCCUUAUCAGCGCCGCCGCUGCCACCUGGUGUGUAGCCAGAGAAGCCAUUCUCGCCGCCGCCGCCACCACCACCUCGUCCGCCGCCUCCUUUUCGAAUCUCGAGGCUCCGUCUUCCACGCCUGUGGCUACCCUUGUCAGCACCGCCGCUGCCACCAGGUGUAUAGCCAGAGAAUCCAUUCUCGCCGCCGCCGCCGCCGCCACCUCGUCCACCACCCCCUUUUCGAAUCUCGAAGCUUCGUCGACCAUUGCGGCCAUGUCUGUGGCUGCCCUUUUCAGCACCGCCACUACCGGAGGGCUCAUAACCAGGGAAGCCAUUUCCAUUGCCUCCGCCGCCGCCGCCGGUACCACCGCCCCGGCCGCCUCCUCCCUUGCGAAUCUCAAGAUCUCGCUCCAUGACCUGGCCGGUGCUUUCCCAAUCUCGAGUACUCAAAUCUUGAGUUUCGAUUGGGUCGCAGACAGCUCGCUGAGCGAGACUGAGCAGGAGAGUUGCUCCGAGAGAGAGUUAUAUGUUGUUGGUGAAGUUGUUCGAAGGGGGCAAAAUAUGCAGUUCGGUAAUAAGACAAUGGUCAAGCCGGCUUGA